AAUGGCGGCAAAAUUUGGUGAAUGUUCUUCAAUCGAUGAAAAAUCGGAAGGAAAAUUGGAAGAGAGGAAUGAAGUAAGCUGUAAUUCUGAUUCAUCGUCAACUUUUAGCUCAACUUCAGUCUUUGAUGAAGAAGAAUUGGACCAAGUUUUGGACUCUUUAAAAGAAGAGCACAAUUUAUUUGUUUCAUUUUUAACUCUUCUUAUCUCAAAGCUAAUAACCAUAGAUAAAUUUAAGAGCGAAAAGAAACCGGAAGCUGAUCAUUUACAGACGGAAAUUGCUCAAUUGGUCAUAGACGUUGCAGAUAUAGUAGUUGACGAUGAUAUUCUUAAUGAGGGGUCAGUUAAAGAGUUUAAACAAAAGAUUGCUGAAAGAAUUAGUAACAAUCCAUCCAAAGAUUAG